UUUCAUCGACAAUUUACGGGUUAAUCAUUGUUUAUUAACGGAAAUUCCCGAAGUCGCGCGAAACUAUUAUACCAUUCAUUUUUUUCAACAUAGAAAACGCGAUUUCGGCUUAUUAUUGUGAUUCACGGUGUUGUGGCGGAUUGUUUGCUUUAGAAAUUCAGCCAGUCGGAACGGCACGUUGUACAAUACCAUCAUGCCCCCCGUCGAUUAUUCCAUAAAAAACAUCGAAGAAGUAGUUCGACCCCAUUUGGAUGGUACCAUAAGAAAUGCGGACCACGCCCGUCUUACGGCUCCCGGGGAGAACUACCUCAGUUUAGUACUUCGAGUGGACUUUGAAGUGGACCAAAAGGGUCUCAGAAAGAAGGUGAGCACCGUAGCCAAACGAAUCCCUAUGGGAGAUCAGCAGCAUAUGAUAGAUAUGCACUGUCAAACGAUGCAUAACGAAAUCAAAUGGUAUAAAGAAAUAGUCCCGUUGUUGGUGUCUUUUGGGGAAGAAUACGGGGUGAAAGUGGAUAUUUUCCCGAAAUGUCUUGGGGCCAGGUACAGCUUGGAUCCGACGAAGAAGCGAGCGGAUUCCGAGUCGGUUUUGGUGUUGGAGAAUUUACAUCCUGAAGGUUACGGUAACGCAGACCGUUACAUAGGUUUCGACCUGACCGCGACCAAAGCGAUCCUGAAAAAACUCGCCCUCUUUCACGUUCUUCCGAUCGCCGUAAAAACAAACAAACCCGAAUCCUUCGAAACGUUAAAACGUUACUUGGAUGAAGCGAAACCGCGACCGCCCCCCAAAGACGGCGAUAAACCGCCCCACGGACCGCCCGGCAUGAAACCGGGCGAAAAAAAACCGGAGGAAAUGCUACUGGAGGCGGUAAAGAAUCUGCCGGAAUGCGGCCCCUAUAUUUUAAAAAUCGAGGAUGUACUGAAACGGUGCAAAAUGGGCCCCAUGGAGGAGUUUCAUUUGGCGGAGGAGCCCUGGAACACGAUGGUGCAUGGGGACGUCUGGGUUAAUAAUAUUAUGGUUAAGGAGGAUCGCAAGGGGGUGCACGUCAAACUGGUCGAUUUCCAAAUGAUGAGAUAUGGUUCGUUCGGGCACGAUUUGGUGUUUUUUUUGUUGAGCAGCGUUAGGAACGAUGUACUCAAGGAACAUAUUGACGAGUUGCUUAAGUUUUAUCAUGAAGAAUUCAACUCUUUACUAAGGCAAUUCAGAACCAAUCUGGAACUCCCUUACGAACUGUUCCUGGAUAUGGUGAAAGAAACGGCAUAUUCAAACGAAGUGGGGCACAGUUUAACCUUCUGCACCGUAAUUUUUGGGGAAAAGGGCACCGGGGUAGACGUGGCCGUCGAAGGGCACGACUUUUUCGCCCUUAUGAGGAACACCCUUAGCAAUAUGAACUCGUAUCAUAAAGAGAAGCUUGUACAUAUAGCAGCGGAGUCCGUGAGGAAAGGGUGGAUAUAGGGCAGAAAUGAGUUUAAUUAAAUUUUAACAACUAAUAAAGAUAAACUUGUUACUGUCCAUCCCAAAUAAAUAUAUAAAGAAGCAA